CACACUUGCAUCAUUCACAGGUUGAGCCAUCCAGCUACGUGUUUGCCAGGAAAAAAUAGGCUAAAAAGUGCAGGAUAAGGGGGGAGAACUUUGCUCUAGGGCCACUAGGAGGCAGCAGGCCAAUAGAAAAAGAACGGCAGGCAUCACACUGGUACCAAAGCUAGCUAGCUGCUGCUGCUGCUGCUUGUUCUUGCCUCUAGGCAGCCAUUGCUGGAGUGGUUGGGCCUUGGAGUUGGACCCAGGUUAAUUGCAGCUGUUCUGGUGUCCGAAUUCGUAUUCCUACAGUAGAUCAAGUCCUAUGGAAGAAGAAUUCAAGGACAAAGGCCUCCCUCCCACACUGCUAAACCUCAUCCCUGACGGGAGAGAAUGGAAGGUGAAAGAAGCAGGAGGAGAAAGAUCAAGAAACACAAGCGUAGAUGCCCAUGAGGACGAGGAACUAGAGCUUAAGCUCGGCCUUCCUGGUCUCCAUGAGGGAGAACAAGCAGCUGGUUCCAGAGAGAAGAUACAGCAGCAGCAGCAAGAUGGUUCCUCAGCACCAUCCCCCAGUUGCUUCCCUGCACAUUCAAAGGCUAUCGCCAGCAUCACCACAACUGGAGCAAAGAGAGGAUCUUUGGCAUCUGUUGGGGCCACACCAGAGGGUUACAAUCAGAUCCACCGGGACAGAGAAGAAUGUGGGAAUGAGCUAACAUUAGGAGGUGAAAAUAUGGCAGGUGAGAGGAAGAAAGGAUGCAGUCCCUCACCACCAUCACAUGGCUCGGCUGCUGUGCACAGCAGCAACCCACAGGGGAGAGGUGCUAUUCCUCCAGUAGUCGGCUGGCCUCCCAUCCGAUCCUUCAGGAGAAACCUCACAACAAAUGGCAGUUCAUCUAAACAGUCCCCUGAACAACAAAAUGACGAAGCUGAUGACAAGGCAAAGCUAAUCUGCAAGAAGAGACCUCUUGUCAAAAUCAACAUGGACGGGAUCCCCAUUGGAAGGAAAGUAGACCUUGCAUUAUAUGAUAGCUACCAGAAGCUGUCAUCAGCUGUUGAAGAGUUGUUCCGUGGUUUUCUUGAAGCUCAAAAGGAUUUAUCUUGUGCCGAAAGUGGGGAACAAGGAACAGAAGAGAAAAUAUUUUCAGGGUUGUUGGAUGGAACUGGCGAAUAUACUUUAGUGUAUGAAGACAAUGAUGGAGACAGAAUGUUAGCUGGGGACAUACCAUGGAAUGUAUUUGUUUCAACUGCUAAGAGGUUGAGGGUCAUGAGGAGGUCAGAGCUUCCCCAUGACAUGGUAAGAACUAAGAACAGUGCAACUUUAUAAGGUGUCACUUUCACAUGGAUCAAAUGGAUGCACUCAUUGACACCGUACUGUAUCAUUGCACUUAUAUUACUUAUAUAAACAUAUAAACUAAUGUUAUAUGCUUGGAUUAAAUGGACUCACUUCCUCAAGUUAAGGUCUGCACUUAUUUCUCCUAUAUUCUUCCACAGAAUGAGCUGACCCUGUGAGAAUAGCAGAUCGUUAAUAUUAGGGUCCAGACAUAUCAAUUGUAAACCGUAGUCCAUCACCUUUCUGGGGGAUGACCUGUUUUUGGCUUGUAGAGAUGAUUAUGAUAAGGGGAAAAUAGCAUCUUGCAGGCCCAGUGGACGAACUGCAUAUUUUGUAAAUCACCUACUCUUUUCCAGAUGAAAUAGACUGGUGUGAUUCUAUAA